CUGAGAGUAAUUACAUACAAGUCUUCAGUAGGUCCUUAGACAUAUCACUUAAAAUGGAGUUCUGCUUUGGAUUACUUCAGAGUCGUGGAUCCAAGAUCUCAUGGAUCAGCCAGAUGCUUCUUUGUUCAAUGCUGUGCAUGUGGACUACUGUGGAGAGCUGGUCUUACUUCUACUCCAACACCACCAUGGACUGGGAGCAAGCUAGAGCCUGGUGCAGGGAGCACUACACGGACAUGGUGGCCAUCCAGAACAAGGAGGAGAUCGACUAUCUCAACAGCUGGCUGCCCAGAAAACCCACCUACUACUGGAUUGGGAUCCGCAAGAUCGAGAAUGUCUGGACCUGGGUGGGCACCAACAAGAGUCUGACAACAGAAGCAACUAACUGGGCAAAGGAUGAACCAAACAAUGGCAAGAAUCUGAAGCAGUUCACGGAGAACGAGGACUGUGUGGAGAUGUAUGUGAAGAGGAAGGAGCAGCAAGGCAAGUGGAAUGAUGAGAGGUGUGGGAAAGAGAAGACCGCUCUGUGCUACAUAGCGGCCUGUAAGAAUGACUCGUGUCACCAUGGAGAAUGCGUGGAAACCAUAAACAGCCACAAGUGCGAUUGUAUCGAGGGCUUUUAUGGAGAGAAGUGCGAAGAGGUUGUUAAGUGCGAAAAAGAGGAGGUAACUGUUCCUUACAAAGGAAGUGUACAUUGCAGUCACAAGUAUGGAAACUUCUCCUUCAACUCAUCCUGCGAGUAUUCCUGUGAGGAAGGAUAUACGCUGAGUAUGUUGAGCCCGCUGAGAUGCACUGCUUCCAAAGAGUGGUCGAAGCAGCCUCCUACAUGUGAACUGGUCCGGUGUCCGGAGCUGACUCGUCCUGCAGGAGGAUCCAUGUAUUGCUCCAAUCCUCUGGGCGACUCUAGCUACCAGUCCACCUGUGUGUUUGUCUGUGACGAGGGCUACGUACAGGCUGGUUCCUCCUCUGACACUCUGCAGUGUGAGGCAUCAGGACAUUGGAAUGCCUCGCAGCCGUCUUGUGUUGCUGUAGAGUUACCUGCUCUCCCGACACUGGAGAAUGGCUUUGUCAGCUGUGGACCCACAAAUAUGAAGUUUAUCUACAGGAACACCUGCAGCUUCAGCUGCAGCCCUGGCUACCACCUGGUGGGACUGAGCACGGUGACAUACACAUCAGCGGCAGAUUGGAGUGAAAACAUUCCUCGCUGUGACGCGAUCACAUGUCAGAAUCCAGAGGGAGCUCCUCACCUGAUCACCGUGUGCAGCAACUCCUCCUCUGAGCUGCGGCUGGGCUCCACCUGCAGCUUCAACUGUGGAGCCGGCUUUGAGCUGCAGGGAGCAGACACAGUUCAGUGUUCUGAUGAGGGGCGGUGGAGUAAAGCCAUACCUACCUGCAAAGCAAUGGAAUGUCCUGCCCCUGAGAUUCCAACAAAUGGCCACAUCAGCUGCAGCCUCUCUCUGUCUUCACCUGCUUCUCCCGAGACCUCCCAUCCACUUGGUAUGGUUUGCACUUUUACCUGUGAUGAAGGCCACGAGUUGGAAGGUGCUCUCAGCAUGGAGUGUGAGCAUCCAGGCCAGUGGAGCUCCACACCACCCACCUGCACAGCUCUAAGGUGCCCAUUGCUCGAGGCUCCAGAAAAUGGUGACAUCAACUGCUCAAACAGCGAGCCAGUGUUCAACUCUCAAUGCUCCUUCACGUGCAUCCCAGAAUACUCCCUGGAUGGGCAUGAGCUGCUGACCUGUGAUCAUCAUGGAAACUGGACCGGAGAGAGACCCACCUGCCAAGCUUCCCCAUCCAUAAUGAAUGCUAUUACCUCUGGUGUGGCAGCAGGGGGCACUCUGCUAACUGGUCUGUCUCUUGUAAUUUGGAUCCUGAAACGACUAAGGAAGAGGAAAAACGGAUUUGAAUUGAACAGUAACUCCGACAUAGAGGCCCCUGUACAGGUCUACAAAAACAGCACUGACAGCCUCAUAUAGACGUACACUCAAGAUCUUCAGCGACAACUAAGGCCAACGUGUGUCUCUAACAUUGUAAUGUCCUCAAUGUGAAUCAUCUUUGUUUGUACAAAGCUUGUUUGGGUUUGUUAACAGGAAAACCCCAGUAUUUCAAAGCUAUCAGUGAGAGGAAAUGUUUUCUAUGUUGAACAUAUUGUUCUGCGGCUGUAUGUACAUGAUGGAUAUAUGGCUCUAUUCAUGUUAUAUCAAGUGUUACAUAACAUUGUGGGUGUGGGUGGAUUGCAGACCUGUGAAUACUUUUCUGUAUAUAUUCCAGUAUUUAUUUAAUGCAUUUGAACUGUUAAUACAUAUUUAUGAGUCACAUGAUCACAUGACGAGAAAAUAUUUAUGUGAGGAUGACAAUGUGCAGUUGCAGUAAAUUAUAAAUGGUUUUCACAAGCAAAUGUUUACAAAUUUCUUUUCACGCCUAUUACGUGCUGUGUUUUCUCUCUGCUCUCUUUCUGCUCUCUCUACCAGGUGUCCAUUCAGGUGCCUCCCUUUUCCCUGUAGCUGCAGUGUGUGUGUGU